AUGUCGAGAAACACACAGCCGACCGUAGUCACCGCCAUUACUAACGUCAGAGUGUUUGAUGGGCAAAACAUCUGCGACCCUACCACUGUUAUUAUCGAUGGCGAAUUAAUUGGCGGCUCUGAUUCGAUCCCCACAAAGACGAUCGAUGCUCAGGGAACUAUUCUCCUGCCCGGACUGAUAGAUUGCCAUGUUCAUUUGACGGGACCCGACGAUCUCGCUCGCAUGGCUGAAUAUGGCAUCACCACAGCACUAGACAUGGGCACUUGGCCGAUUGAGCUCCUCAAAUCACUUCGCGGACGGAAGGCUGUGACUGAUAUCCGAGGCUGUGGUAUUCCUGCGACAGCUCCCGGAAGUGUACACAGCCACAUUCCAAGUUUACCUAGAGAAGCUUUGGUGUCCAACACCAUCGAAGCCAAAGCAUUUGUGGCUAAUCGGGUGACGGAAGGGGCUGAUUAUAUCAAGAUCGUCGCCGAUGUACCUGGACCGGACCAAGAGACUGUAAAUGCCCUUGUUGCAAAUGCCCGCGAGAGUGAUAAACUUGUUAUCGCUCACGCUGUAACUCUGGUUGCUACGCAUAUGUCUCAGCUGGCUGGUGUAGAUGUCAUUACGCACGCUCCUCUCGACGGGGUUAUGAGCGAUCAAGACAUCCAACAAAUGGUCGAGAAUAAGCGCAUCAGCGUACCGACGUUAACCAUGAUGAAAGGAACGGCCCUGGCAAAAAACAGGAGUUUUGAAAACGCCCGCCGAACAGUGGCUGCGCUUCACCUCGCAGGUGUGCCUGUUCUGGCUGGCACGGAUUCCAACAUGGCUCCCGGCGUACCUGCGAACGUUUCUCACGGCGUCAGUCUACAUGAAGAGAUGGAAUUGCUAGUUGGUUGCGGACUUUCCACAACGGAGGUCAUUCGGGCUGCUACGUCUCUGCCGGCGAAACAUUUUGGCUUACACGACCGCGGCGUAAUUCAACCCGGCUAUCGAGCCGAUCUGAUCUUGCUUCGAGAUAAUCCGAUUAAAGAUAUCAAUGCAACCAGAUCCAUCGAGCGGGUAUGGAUCGCUGGAGAAGAAUUCAAAUCCCCGCAUGCAAAUUAA